GCGGGGGUGCCGUCGGCGCGUGUCCGCGCGCGUGUGUCGGAGUGUGGGAGAUGCGCUGGAGUCCUACGCCCGGGUGUUUCCUUCCGAGUGGUUUUGAUCAGCAACCCAUUAGGGGAUUAUGGAAACUUUUUUUCUGGCUGAAAGGAUGAAAACUGAGUAAGUACAUAGAACUUUGAACUUGAAUCAGAAUGAAGCAAAUGCAAGCGAACCCCUCAUAGUAACCACGUCCAUUUAGUCCCCCUUUUCAUGUUAAAAGCCAUGAAUGCUUACAGGAAAGUGGCAAUUUAAAACUGAAUGAAGGGCAGUCCAGUUAAGAAACAUCAAAGGCUGAAAGCAGGACCGCUUUAAAAUAGGAGGAAAAACGAGGGACUGCUAAGUAAGGCGCACUGGCCUGCAUCCAGCUGUGCACCAGGCGCUUGGGGUUUUAACCUCUUGCGUUCGUCAAUGCUGUUUUCAGGCUCCAGAUUGACUUUGCUGUUGUUUUCUCUUUUCCUGUGGAAGCCCUGACUGAGAGUUUAAGGGUGUUGUGAAAAUGAGGCAUUGCCGGAAGCAACAGUUUGGCAGCCUGGGGACGCGCUCAGGUUAUUAGUUACAACUAUUAUUAUUUUGAUGUCUUUUUUAAACCCAGGCCAGUCACUUCUUACUGUCACCCAUGGAAGGGUUCUUCCUAGCCUUCCUAGACUUUUGGGAUCUAUGAUUCUUUGGCAUGAACCUUCGGAAAGUUCUCCAGCGGGGAUGGAGCAAUCUUGAUUUAAGAAAAAGAUGUGGAAAAAGAAGACAGAUGAGUGUUCUUCAUGCUAACAAAAAAAUUGCCGCUAUGACUUCUUUGGCAACGGGGACCGGGGCCAAGUGAAGCUGAACUGGUCAUGGUCUGUCGUCCAGUGUUCCUUUGUCGUCGGCGAUUUUGCCCCCGGCCCUUCCUGGUGGGUUUGGUGGUGGCCAUCUGUCUAUUCUACCAGACCCUGACACUCCGAGGCACGAGGAAGCUCACAGUCGCUGUCCCUGGGGGUGCCCCCAACUCACCCACCGAAACCCAGGCAAGAGGAUGCCAAAAAGGAUCUCCCCUGGACAAACAGUGCUUCCUUCUCACCGGCAAUGCGCAGGAAAUCAGAAAGGUGGAGGAUACAGUGAAGACUCACUUUGGCAGCCACAGCAGAAGGGCCAUAAUCUACCGGCCUCCUUCCUACAGCAAAAGGGAACUUCAGCUCUACCAGCAUGUUCUCACUCAGCAUCGCUAUAAGGUCGUCAUCGCUGAAGAAGGGUUUGGUGAUCUGGGGCCACUAGGAAAAGAUAAUUUGGGCUCCUGGGAUCUGCUGAUUUGUCUGUCUUCUGGGAAAGCUGAUGGAAAACCCUGUAUGUCCAAGGAAGAUGUGUGCCAGUUGGGUUUACAUCAAAAGGUAAACAUGUUACCAGACAUACAGCAUCAACUUUGCAGAAAGGAAGGAUUAUGUCAAAUAAUUAGGAGAUUUCCAGAAUUGCGACUUCCAGUGAACCCCUCUGUGUGUCUGGAUCAGAACAUACAAUUAAAGCUGAGUGCUUCGCCUCACCUUUUAAAAGCAGUGAAGCCACAUACGUGGAAACCAUGGGACUGGAGCCGUGAACAGCUGAAUCAAACAGCAGCCCUUGCUCCACGGGAAUCAAUCUUUAGAGCGGAAGAUCUAUCUGUGAUUCUUAAAGCCUAUGUCUUAGUAACAUCCUUAACCCCUUUGCGAGCAUUCAUUCAUUCGACUGGCACAGUUUGGAGUCCACCAAAGAAAAAACGCUUCACUGUCAAGCUGCAAACAUUUUUUGAAACAUUCCUGAGAGCCAGUUCACCUCUUCAGGCUUUUGAUAAUAUGAAGGAAGCAGUUAGCAAGCUCCUGCUAGCAGCUGAAGCAUUCAGUGAGCCAUCAACUCUGGGACCAAAGGCCUUCGCUAGAUGCAGGUUAUGCUUUCAACUUUUAACUUUUGACCUUGGUUACGGCAGUUCCAAGUACCCUGUAGUGAUCCAGGUACAUGAACAUUUAAACUUUCAAGAUGAUGACAAUAUCGAGUUUGAGGACCAAAACACAGAAAAACUCCUUUUAAAAGACACUUACAACCUUCUCCUCUCUAAUAAAUCUUCGUUUUCCAUGUUUUCUGACAUAUUUCAGAGACCUUCUAAAUCAGAUCUAUUUAAGGGUGAAAAUUAUCAAAAGGAACCAAAUCAAUGCCUGUCUUUAGAGGAGAUUAACUCAAUUAUGACUUUCAUAAAGGAACUUGGGAGCCUGGGACAAUUCCAGCUGCUCUUCCCAUCCACUGCUCCUGGGAUUCAAUCUUUGAUGCGUGAAUUCUAUGACAUGGCAAAUCCUACGGGAAAACCUGCUUCGGUCCUAACCCAGUACUGGUCUCUUUUAAAUGUAUUUGAACGAUUUCAGCUCCUGAAUAAAAAAGCACAGCUACAUCCACUGGAAUGGAAUUCUUUCACAGAGAAUGCAAACAUUGAGAAACCACAAGUGCCAUCAGAUGCAAUGGGAAAUAAAAAAGCCGCGGUUCCAAAAUUUCUGAGUGACACCAAAGAAAUACACUGUGAUAAUGAUAAAGAUACACAAUGUUAUAUCAAGCAGAUCUUUACACAUCCGAAAUUGGAACUAAAUCCUGAAUUUAACCCAAAGAUCACAGAUUAUUACUCUGAAGUCCCAUUUGAUGUGGUCACAGUGACAAUUGGAGCAGAGGCUUCUAAGUGUCGGUGCAAAGUGUGCCUGCAGGAGCCAGCGGGACCAAGCUUUGCCAACUACCCUCUAGGCUUAGGCAUGAACAAAAUCUCAAUGCUUGUGGUGGAUGAAUCUUCACCACAGGGUGAGAGCCUCACCACAUACAAACUCACCAUCUAUCGAGAAGACCGGCCAAGUCUACCCUUGUUUGAAGACUUCACAGCAUGUGGUUUUGUGCAGGAUUGUGGUUUGCUGAUUCUCCCAGAUGAAACCUGUGGAUUACAGCCUAUUUCCUCUGACUACAUUGAAGCCAUUUCACAGCCUGAACUAAAGAUUUGUCCAUCUGGGGACACAAAAGGUCAGUGGAUUGUGCCUUGUCUUAGUUGUGCUGACAACAGGACCUGUGACUGGAGAGAAAUAACUUGGCAGCCCCACAACUGCCAAUAUGGCGUCCUGACCAAGCCUCAGCUCCAGCAGUGCCUGGGAGGACGGAAGAUUUUUUUCAUUGGAGAUUCCACCAAUAGAGGGAUCAUGUAUUAUCUGAUCGAGAGACUGAAUGAAACCUUGCAAGAAUGGCAGAAGGUACAUGGCACUAAAUUCUACCACAACGUCAAUGGUGGGAAGACUUUGAUCAGUUAUUCCUACUAUCCACAGUUUUGGAUAAGCUCUUCAUUGAGACCAACAUUUGAAAAAGCACUUGAACAUCUCUUGCAAAGAUCACAGCCCCUGGAGAAUUCUGCCCAGACUGUAUUGGUUGUUGGUGGUGUUCAGUGGCUUAAUUCCAAUCACCUGCAAAUUAUUCACAAAGUUUUGAAGAGGCAAAAUUUACUCAAUAUCCUUGUGAUCAUCAAAACUUUGGGAAUUGGAUUUCACCUGCCCGUGGAUGGAGUACAUUUCUUAACACAUAGUGAAGUACAGAACUUAUGGAAAGAAAAUGUGAUGAUUCUGGAUGCUGCAAAGAGAUAUGGCUAUGAAGUGGUGGACACAUUCACGCUAACAAUGGGGAGAUACAAGGAGUUUCUGCAGGGAGUGUGUGGAUGUCAUUUCCACGAGGUAGUGAAAUCAAAGUUCGCCAAAGAAUCUCCUUAUAUUAAAAUGAAACUAUCAAGAAAUCAUAUUGUUGGAAAAUAUUUCAGCAAUCAAAGCAAACGACAACAAGACUCCCUAACAAAUUUUCAAUCACCAUACAAUGUCAGAGGGCCAAUCAAUCAGGUUUACUCUGAAAUUCUCCUCAGCAGGAUGUGUGUGAGUAGAAGAUCUGUGUAGACUCCUUGCAAGAGGACUGAAUGUGGAUUGAAGUCAAGCUGCUUACCCUGGCACUGGUCUAGGAAUCGAAUUCUGUGUGUCUUGUGUCUUUGGAUCAACCACACAGACUCAUGCACACAGCACACGCGUAUGCACCAACAGACACACACACAGCUUAAAAAAUAGUCAUCAUAACACCAUUUCCCUCCAGCUUUCUAAGAUGAAGAUGUGCUCCUGAAAAUCAGUUGGUUUCAAGGUGAAAGAGCCAGAAAAACAUUACUUGAAGUAUAAACAUGAACUACAAUAGAACCACUGUGGGCCAGGUAUUGCGUUGUGAUGAUAAAGAGAAAUAUAGACAUCUGAAUUUUGUGGAAAAAAGAAAAUGCUCCUGAGUGUCAUGUUCUUUUCUCCACCAGUGCAUGAUUGCUGAGCAGGAGAAAGCAGCUACAUUCCGCUCACCAGUAGGGCUGUUUGCAUCCUUUACCGGGCAAGAGUAGGGUUUGGGAUAAUGUAGGAUUUGUGCACCUAAUGUUUAUUACAAACAAUUUUCCUAUAUUUUGUAAUAUGAUAAUUGAAAGGAAAAGAGCAGGAAUGCACCAUAAGGGAAUUCGAAGAGAUUCUGUGGGAGAGAUAGAUGUGUGCUAUUUUACAGUUAAAAUGCCAAGCCAUUUAAUUUUGCACUCUUUGUACUUUUCAUAAACAUUCCCUCCUAUCCUCUCUGUGAUGUUGGAUGGGUAGAUGCAGUCCAGACUGAUUAAAUACAUAAUUAUUAACUGAGGAAUAAAAUAUUAUUCCUCAUGUAAUAUUUUAUUGUGUUUCAUUGAUGGUAUAACUUCAGAAGGCCUUGUGUUUACCUUUAAGCCCUAGGUAUUUUAAGAUUACAAUUACAUUUUAAGUGGAUAUUUUUCAAAGGAUUAGGCAACCUCAAGUGCAUAGGAGUUUUUUCCAUUAAAAAAUGUAUAUAUAUCCCUAAAUACUUUUUUACUAGUAACUAUAUUAUAAUUUUUCUGAACAACUAUAUCUAAUACAAAUUUAGAGUAGGCAUAAAAUUAUCUUUUAUUAAAACUGGUAUACACAUAAAGCAUAUCAAAUUCCAGUAUUGAGAACUUUCUCUCCUCUAUUUUAAGAUCAAAAUAGUAAAUUUCCUUAUUUGGAAAGGCUUUGUUGUGACAUAUCUCCCAGUUCCAAUGGUUUUAAAGGAUUAUUUUUUCUUUUGGGGGAAAAAAGAUUAAUUCAAUACAUGGCUGAAAUUACCAAAUGUAAAAAUACCUCAAUCUCGUUACCAUGCAAAAAAUGAAAACUAUUUUGACUGAUCAGUUCCUUAGUAUAAAUACCCGCCUCCUUAAAUAUUCUAUUUUUAUAUAUAUUUUUAUAUAAAAAUAAACAUGAAUUUAUAUUUAACUGUCUUAAAUUAUAUUUAAACACAAAUAUCAGUAGUUGUAAACAAUACAGGUCUGCAUCUGACAGAUGGUAAUUUCGUAAGUGAACGGUACAGAAUUCACUUUUAACAUGAACGAUUUUUCUACUAACUGCAGCUAUAGGCAAGUGUCAAUUUUAGAGUUUCAGUGAUUUUGUCAAUGAUAGAAAAUGUCAAUUCAUGCAGUCUCUCUUUGGUGUUUUGAUGGAUUACAUGCUCUCUGACAGGAUGAAGGUCAAUGUGUGUUUCUUGUCAUUUACUGUCAACCUAACAGUAAUAACGAUAUGACUGAGUGUAGUGUGGCAUUUUUCUCUUCACUGGUGAAAUAAUAAUGGAUUUUAGAAAUAACUGUAAAAAUACUCUUAAUAAAUGUCAU